AUGAAUAUAGAUACACAAUAUCAUAUCUUGGAUAACUUGACUGCUCUUGAAACUCAAGCAUUACAACAAUUUAGAAACCAUCCAAUUGCUAAAGAAAUAAAAGAUGAACAAUUAAUGAUUUAUUUAUUUGCAAAGAAAUUGGAUGUUGAAAAGGCAGCAUUGGUAUUAACAAAUAAUUUAGAAUUGAGAAAGAAAUUAUCUAUACCAUUCCCAGUUAGAAAGAGUGAUUUAAACUUGGAAGUUGCCAAAAAGAAUUAUAGUUUUAGUAUUUAUGGAAUGAAAGAUAAGAUGGGUCGUUCAAUUGCCUAUCUCUACCCUGCCAAGAUCGUUCCUAAAGAUUACUCUCUCAAAGACAUGAUUACUUUUAUGCUUUGGAAUCUAGACACUACAUGUUACACAUCAUCUCAACAACAUAGAUUGGGUAUUGUCAUUGUUGAAGAUCUUAAACACAUGUCAAUCUUUAAACACUUUGACAAUAGAUUAAAAGCUCAAUUGGAUGGUAAAUCAAUGGAAAAUAUCUUUCCUGGUCGUAUCCAAGGUAUCUAUCUACUCAACUCUCCAUUCUACAUUAAACCAUUAUUAUCAUUGGCCAAGAAAUUCAUCAAAAACAAGAUAUUGGCAAGAGUUCAAUAUUUCCCAAAAUCAGAUCGAUUGGAAGAAUUUAUUGAUCCUAGUCAACUUUUAAAAGAAUAUGGUGGUUCUUUAGAAUUUGAUUUAAAUUCUUGGAUUGAUAGUUUACCUUCAAAUUAUUAA